AGCUUUCGUAGGAAACUUAAACUUUAGUAUAAAUCUGUUGCUUACUCUUGGGAGCUUUAUAGGGGAAAAGUUGCGCCCCUUCUCAUAAAUGUAUGUGUUCAAUGGCUGCAUGUAUGCAACAAGUGCUCAGCUGACAGAAGCUUGAACAUAUGGGAAAUGAGAACGCUUUCAAUGCGCAGCUGCACGCGCAUGUAAACAAACACCUGUAGGGCUUCGUAGAAUGUAAAUAAAUGCAUAGCGCAGAUGCGGCAAAUGUCAACGCAAACGCAGAGCAAUGCGGAAAGAGUGUAGCAAACGUCAAAUUCGUGCUCACAGUAUGUAUCCCGCUCGCACUUUUUAACAGUAAACGCAUUUGUCAUCCAUGACACAGAAACGUCAGCCAAACGUCAAAGCUAACGGCAGUAUACAUAGAAAAGUUUUUUGCAGUCGUCCUGAAUUUUUCACGCACAAAACGAAAAGUGUAACGCAAUCGCUACAAUAUAAUAUUUAAACAGAAAAAGGAGAAAAUGUUAUACGUUUAACAAAUAGCUGGAAAUUCAAAAUAUGAUUGUUAUCUAAUCGUGAACUUAGGGCCAAAGCCUUAAACUUGAUAAAUUGAUGGAAUGUCUAUGUGUAUGACAAUAUAGAAAAUCGGACAACAAUUUAAUCAGGCCGGAUAAGAUUUAUGUUGCGGCUCAAAUUAACACUUCAAGUGCUGCAUUAUGGCGAGACUAACUUGGGCCCGGAGUCGCCUCUGCCUUAGUGUUCUAUUGGUGUUCAUAUGUUGGGCACCUGACGUCAAUCUAGUUGCUGGCGAAACUAUUAAUUACAAUCUAGUGCACUCAUGGGCGGACAGACUAGGAUUGGAACUAUUUUCCCUGGGCGAUUUCAUCACCAGACGCAAGGAAUUACUAGAAAACUUUAAACAAGAAGGAGCAAAAGUAGUUCCACGACAGGGAGGCGCAAUUGUCGAAUCAAUGGCCAAAGAAGUAGAAAUGAUGAUGGAUCUUAAAGUCAGCGCAGUGCGACGAAUUAUGGAUACGGCAGAAAACACCGCCUUGUCACAUCAAAACGAUUUGGCGGACAAAAUGUUCUCAUACUACAAUGCCAAAGAGAUGGCGGAGCCCGGCGAACCGACGCCACCACCUCCAACAACUCCACCGGAUAUGGAUGACCAGAUUGGUGAACCACUCAUCUAUGUGCCGCCCAAGGUGUUGGUUUUGGAGCCAAGACCAGAAUUUCAUAACACGUCGGUCAACUUCAGCGUCAGUUCAGUGCACGUGCCUGUGAAUGUGUUUGAUCGAGCAUCGGAUGUUAUAAAAGCGAUUCAAUGGUCGGAGAAUUUGGAUCAAAUCUUUCGUGAUAAUUAUAAAAACGAUCCCAGUUUGUCGUGGCAAUUUUUUGGCAGUUCAACAGGCUUUAUGCGUCAAUUCCCAGCAUCGAAAUGGAAGAAGGAUGUUCCGGUCGAUCUAUAUGAUUGCCGAUUUCGCUCUUGGUACAUGGAGGCGGCGACAAGCCCAAAGGAUAUUAUUAUCCUAUUGGAUAAAUCUGGCUCAAUGUUGGGACAGAGGCUAGAUAUCGCAAAGCAUGUUGUCAAUACAAUACUCGACACGUUGGGUACAAAUGACUUUGUGAACAUCUUGACCUUUGAUAAUAAAGUCACCCCGCUUGUCCACUGUUUCGAAGAUCAGCUAAUUCAAGCAAAUCUGGGCAACAUCCGUGAACUAAAAGAAAAGAUUGAAACGAUUAAACCCCAAUCGAUUGCCAAUUAUACCGCCGCACUUACUUAUGCAUUUGAAAUAUUCGAAACUGCAAGACUUAAUUCGCGCGGAGCACUUUGCAACCAGGCCAUAAUGAUUGUUGGCGAUGGAGCUCCGGAAACUAAUGAAGAAGUUUUCCGGUUUUACAAUUGGCGUGAUCCGCUUUAUAGGCCGGUGCGCGUGUUCACCUAUUUAAUUGGUAAAGAGGUGGCAAAUUGGGAUGAUAUACGGUGGAUGGCAUGCGAGAAUCAGGGCUAUUAUGUGCACCUCAGUGAUACUGCAGAGGUGCGUGAAAUGGUCUUAAACUAUAUACCGGUAAUGGCUAGACCUCUGGUAUUGGGUAGGCACGAUCAUCCGGUUAUAUGGACGCAAGUUUAUGCGGACCUUGAGGAUACCAAGCUGUCCGAUCAUUUGUGGGAACUCAAACAAUGCGAGGAACAAAAGGAGGAUGUCCUUGAAUACAGACGAGUUCAGGACGCGAUGCUGGAACCCAGCCAAAUGCGUCAGCGAGCGUAUCAACGGACAAAGGAGACAUGGGACCAACCAGUUGACUCGGAUGUUUAUCAAUUCAUGACAACCGUGUCAAUGCCAAUUUACGAUCGACGUGAGAAUGCGAAUAUCACCGAAGAAGUUUUAAUAAAUGAAGCACUCUGGGAAUUGCAAACACGUGAGACAAGAAUCGCAAACAUUUUGGGCGUGGCUGGAACCGAUGUACCAAUAACUGAAAUCAAGAAGUUGCUGUCGCCCUAUAUGCUUGGCGUCAAUGGCUAUGCGUUUAUAGUAACCAAUAAUGGUUAUGUACUAUUCCAUCCAGAUUUUCGUCCUAUUUUCCAAGGAUAUAUCUUAAAACCCGCUUACAAUAGUGUAGACAUGAUUGAAGUCGAGCUGCUGGACGAUGAUAGAAUCGCCAGAGACUUUAACCCAGUGCUAAUGACGAUACGCGAUUCGAUAAUCAAUCAGUCGACUGGAAGCAAAUGGAUGUUAGUCAAGAAUCAUUUCGAUGAAAUGAAAAGAGUGAUUCGUGUCAAGCGGCAAUAUUACUGGACUGCCAUUAAAAAUACGCCAUUUACACUGGUAAUCACAUAUCCAGAGAAGUAUGGAGUGAAUCGAGUGGAACCACCAAUCGAACAAGAUAUCCACCGCACUCACAUUUCGGGUGGCAAAACAAUACGCAGCUUCUUUGAUGGCAAGCGAUGGAAAAUCCAUCCCGAUUGGCUUUAUUGCAAGCAAACCAACAAGACAUUCCGAACACCCGAAACAGAGCUACUUUAUUUUGUGGAUCGUAUGUCUGAGCCUGGUUGGCACUGGCCAUCGAGUCGAAGCGCAAUGCCCCCGGAACAUGCCGCGGCCAUAUACUCUAACAACUCAUCAACUGGCCGAUAUUCAUCAAUCAAUGAAAAAGAAAGAUACUAUUGUGAUCGCCAACUAAUGCAAUCUCUUGUCUUUGAUGCCCGUGUCACGAAGGGAUUCUUCGACAAAUCCAAUUAUGAUGAAAAGAGCGUUAGCGCAUCAAGCCCAAUAGCCGUAUUAAUGGGUUUGCUGCCAAGACACGAAUUCAAACAGCGAUUUGGCAUUAACGUCGUUUUUUUGGCCACACAAAGUGGUCUAACACGUUGGCAUGAGAUCCACACGAAUGCAGCAGAGCAGCCAGGUGCUGGUGAGAGCUUCAGUCAGCAACAUAAACGAGCAAUCGAUGAGAUUUGGUACAAACGAGCUGUCGAUCAAUAUUUUGUUCAUCAAGAGAGUUUUGUCUACUCUGUGCCUUUCGAUGCCGCCGAGAGUGGCUCGGAAAUUAUUGUAACUGCCAGCAAUGCCAUAUUUUAUAAUGAGAGUUCCAAAUCGGCUCCAGUUGCAGUCGUCGGUUUCCAAUUUCAAUACUCUGCCUUUUACAAGCUCUUCCACAAUAUAACCGGCAAUGCCUGUUCCAUAGAUGAUAAGGAUUGUUACAUAUUGGAUAACAAUGGCUUUAUAGUCAUGUCAACACAAAAACAUGAAACUGGACGAUUCUUUGGCGAAAUCAAUGGAGCUAUUAUGAAGCGCUUGGUAGAGGAAAAGGUUUACAAACGUGUUAUUGUCUAUGACUAUCAGGCAGUAUGUUUUGAGUUGCCAAAACCCAAUGACAACAAUGCAUCAAAUAUGGUACUUUCGCCGCUUUUCAAUCUGUUGCGUAUGAGCAAAUGGCUGCUGCAUUCGGCGCUGUGGUAUAUUGUUCAACUAUUGCAAUUGGCGCCCGGUGUUAUAGCCAAUUUUGAUAACUCGUUUUUGAAUUUAAGUCUCCCAGAAACAAAACAAGACCCAGCCGAAGAGAACAUCAACUCGAAGAACGGUUGGUUAAAGUAUUUAACAUUGCAUCGCACUCGCCUCAAAGCGUGUGACAUGCAACGCAACUUAUACACAUUAUACAAUGAAAAGGAUAACGUUGUCUACAAUAUGACAGCGCACGCAUGCGAGCGGCCAUUUGUAGUCUUGCCAAUACCUAACAGUAAUCUAGUGCUGUUGGUCAUCGAUCAGCUCUGUCCUCGAGAUGUCUCAUUGGUUCUCACUGUGAAUCCCCAAACGAUGAAUUAUCCAUACGAGACUAAUGAGUCAUCGUGCUAUAAAAAUGUUCACGAAUUCCAUCGAGUUCGUCCUGCGAGCUGCAUUAAUCGCCAUAUAAAUGAAAGCAGCAUCAAGUUGUGCGGCAAGGGCUCCAGAAUCUAUCUGAAUCUCAUCCUAUUGCUAAUUGGCCUUAUACUGAAUCGCCUGUUUAACGUUGGUUGCAUUUUUAAUAUAAAUAAUUAAUUAUUAUUCACUAUUAAUACUCCUACAUAUAAUGAUGAUCUUUUUUUUUUAUUACUACACUCAAAAAUCAUUUUGCUCUUAAUUUUAAAACAAAAAUUUAUUUGACUCUGUUUAUUCAACUCAUACAAAGCUACUCGAAAUUGUUUAAGGGGGCAUGCAUUAUGCUUUAUAUAAACUAUUAAAUCUGACAGGGUGCGAUACGUACAAUGAUAUUUCUACGUGUAAAUUCAGUAAAGGCCUUAAGAAACUUACAAAACAACGUAGACCAAAAUAUAGCUAGCCCUUCUCGGUAAUAACGUAAUCGAAUUUUACAAGAGGACAUCAAAGUUGUUGAUGCGAUACUCAAAUAUUAUAAUUUCGAAAUUAUUGAUAUAAGAACGUUGGGUGAACAAUUCUACAAUUGUAUAAUACAAAAUCGACAAAAAUUUCACUUAUGUUAUUUUCACGAGAAGGGCUCUUAAUAACAAAUUGUAGCAAAACAAACAAUUUAAUAAGUAUCUCUUAACGUAAUACUUGAUUUUAAUUGGGGAAACAACCUAAUUAUUGCUUAUGCUAGGUGAAUUGUAUAUAUAUAUAUGUGUAUGUGAGAAAUAAAGAGAAGACGACAUCCAUGAGUAUAACUGCGUGUCAAAUAUGUGUUACAAGCUUAUUUUUAAUGCCCAAGUUUGUAAGUAACACUUAGCUAAUUAUUAUGAAACAUAAAAAUACUUUCAAAAGUGCGAAAUGCGAGAAAGUUAGCCAUUUAAACAUUCAUAUAGACAAUUAGCUCGGUAUAUUAAAUAAAUUUAAGUAGCUUUUGUAUACUAGCUUAGCUUAGAAUAAAAACUAAACUUAAAAUCUAGAAUCAUUGAAAUGGCUUAAUACCAUAUUAAGUUAUUUUCUAAAGAUUUGUAAUUUAUUGUUUUUCUAUUUAAAACACCAAAUUCAUCUAUUAAUAGCACUAAUUGAUCGCAAACAUAACCCACAAGUACCUACAUAUGUAUAAAAUCGUUUUAUUAAUUACUUCUAACUUAAUAGAAAAUGCGAGCCAAAGAACUGAUCAGAUGCUGAAGUAUCAAGCAAAUGUAGAUCAAUACAUAACCAAAUGUCAUAAAUGAAAUAACAAAGAAUACGCAAAAGCAUUUAAGCUUAUUUGAAUACUAAAACAACACUAAAGUAAACAAAACAAAUUUGCAUCUAGAUUCCAAUAACAAAAAAGCUUUAUAUUGUGAGGUUUAAGUCGUCCUACUUAAGUUGAGUAGAUUAACUAUUCUAACUGCCGCGCAAAGGCUACUGUUAUUAACUAUUUACUCUAAGCAUAAUUUUCACAUUAUUUAUGUAUAUUUAAAUAAAAUUAAUAAAAAUUC